GUACGGCACUGCAGCGGUUGGCACUGGCGGCGGUUCCGUUUGUGGAGGCGGUUGCGACAGACAGAGCUGGCGGCGCGGAGGCGCAGGUUCGCAGCAUCGCCUACUGCGGAGAGGGAGCGUCCGUGUCGUACGGCAUGAUAGGUCCCGGCAGCCACUACUGUGACCGCAUCGGCCGGCGCCACCGCUCCAACCACGUGUUCUUCCUGCUGGACUUUCUGCGCGGCCGGUACUGCCAGAAGUGCUACGAUCCCGAGUGUGCAGGCUGGCGCUCCGAGUACACGGCCAUGCCCCCGGAGACCUGGCAGCACCCCCACCCGCAACAACAACAGCAACGUCAACAACACCCGUCGCCCUUGCAGACGCUGCAUCAGCACCCGCAGCAGCAGCAACAACAGCCGCUGCUGCUGCGGAAUCCAAGCCCUGCAGGCGGGGACGGUACGGGAUAUAGCAACAGCAGCAGCAGCGGUGGCUCGGGUGGUGGCGGCGGAAUGUGUGGUACUGGUGACCUCGGUUGGAGUGGCGAGGGUGGUGGAGGGGUUGCUUAUGGUGGAGGCGGGUAUGGUCGCUGCAGCGGGAGCGUGCCUGCGGGCUCGCCCGUACUGUUGUGGG